UGUAUCGCCAAGUUUGACUAGUGGCUUUUGAAUUGCCUCUGUAUUUAUUCUUUUUUAUCAUCAACUACUCUUUUCGUUAAUCAGUCUGGUCUUAUAAUACAUAUAGUCAAGUACAGUGCAUGACUCGUACACGAUCGAAAUACAGCAAGCAGUGUGUGGUAAUCUUCACUGUGUUUGUAAUUUAUGUGCCUUUCUACAGUCCUACAUUAAUCUGAAGUGUUCACUUUGAACGUUUUUAAAAUUCUUGGUUGAAAUUAUGAAGGUGAAUUGAAGCGACUUAUGUAGACAUAUAUACAUGUCUGCAUCGUUUUAGUGCCAAAGGGUGACUUAAUGUCUAGUACUUUCAUCGUGGAUGGCUUGCUGGCGUAGUCAAAUAUCUUGCCUCAGUUAAAUGUCGUCUUGUAGUUUUUGUGAUGAUUACGAGUGUUUUGGUGUACGAAGUAGUCACACUUUUUCGAAAAAUUAUGAUUGUCUAGACUCUUUUGUUUCUGUUUUUUUAGAAUCAUGAAAGUGAUCUUUAUUUUUCUAACAUACGCAUUUACCAGCUAUUCGCUUCAGCUGACUCAAUCGCAGUGCAUCGGAAAAUAUUAUUUGCCAAAAGACAUUAUCCGCCAAUGUAUCAUUAUUUACUACUGUUGCAUAAAAAUCAUUGCUUAUUGCUACCUCUCAAAUAUAUAUAUAAUUUUCCCGUCUAAUUACUUACGUGCCCAAAUAGAGACACUGUCUAUCUGAAUUGAUGACUGCUCGUCACAUACUUCGUUUUACUGCGUAAAGCGUAUAUUUUCCUUUUUUCGAAAUCUGUUGGAUUUUCUUCUUCAUACUAAAUUGUUUUUGAAUUUUUAAAACACAACUUUUCAUAUAUAUUUUAGAUAAGAAUAAUCUGGAUUAUCUGCAGAAGUCAAGCAAUCAUUCCGUGGGAUUUAGUAAUUUCUUCACAUCAACCAAUUCCAAUCACGUGAAUGACGACUUCGAGUGUAAUGGGCUUUAUAACAGUCUUGCUGUAAUUUCAAGUAUUGUUGAUAGCAGCAAUGAUUGUCUAAAUGCACCUCUAGAGGCACUGCAUCUUGGUGAUGGUAUUUCUCCACAUAAUCUUUUCAAACGACACUUAACAGUUUCAUCUGUACAGCAUGAUCUGAGACGAAAUCGACUACCUGUCCAUUAUAAUUCCAAAGUUAUACAAUCGAAGUUGGGAAUUGAUAUUCCUAUGCGGAACAGUAAUAGCCCACUAUUUUCUGAGAGACGUCGAUCUGCUUCUGGACCUGUCGCUUCUUACAUUGCUGAUGGAAAAAAAGAUGAUUGUUUAUUGAUUGAUAGCAACGAAAGUUCAAUCAAGGGAAUUCCUAAUGAUUUACUUUAUAUUAUUUGUAAUCCGUUUUUACCGUCAUUGAAGUUUUGUUAUGCGGGACAACGUUCUAGAAGGUCAUUGUCUACUACGACUCCUUCUGCGACAUCUGAUUUUCGCUCAGAUUUGGAUAAUUCUGCGGAGAAUCCAUGUCCUUCUAAAGUUGUUAGAAUUUCAGCUGUUGAAAGUGUUCUACUGUCAGCGUUUCGUUUGGCCGCGUCAUUUUGUUUUUGGGCUGUUGAACCUGAUAUUAACGAGGCAAAAGCAAACACUCUGAUUCCCAAAAAUCCUGCACCGCUCUCUUCCAAUCGUCACCUAGGAAACAAUUUACAUCUUAACACUUCUUUUGAAUUGCAGUCUAGUCUUAGUCACAUCAAAUGUAAAAAUACAUCGAGGGGUAUUGGUAACACAUCGUUACUUUUUGGACAAAAUGAAUCUGAUUUCAAACAUGUCUUCUCAAGUAAUGCGGCACAUCAAAAUGACAAGCGCAAAUAUAAAUUCUCUAUUCAGGACACUCGCCGUAUACGAAGCGCUGAUCGUCGUCAUAAUUCUAAGUAUAAUACUUCAUCGACGUGUCCUGUUUGCGUGAAUAUGGGUCUAAACUCAAUUGAUCCAUGCGAGACAUUUCUAGACCAUCAAGUUGAAUUUGGGGAUCCUCACUCACCAUUCCUUGGUAUGCUAGCAGGAAGUGGAAGACGACCGAAUUUGUUGGCAUAUAAUAAUAAUCGGGCCGCUAUAGAGGCGGACAAUUCUAAUUCAGUGUUUUCGCCACAAUAUAAGAUGGAGAACUAUUUUAGUUAUCAGCAUGAAGAUUUAUUGACAGACAACGAUCAGGUUGUGUGCAAACUACACAGUCAUGACCAACAACAGCAUACCCAUUCAACCAGGCAGUCUAAUUGUAAUUCAUAUAAUGAUUUGUGUCCUAGAAAUCAGAAGGAAAUGUAUGAGAAAAGUAAAGUUACAGGUAAAAUAAAUUGUGCAUUUCAAUGCUCUCAUCUUUCUGUUUGCGUUGAUUGUUGUCAGAAUAACUCACAGAAUAAAAACAUUGAACUAACCGCUUACAACAGAACACCACUACCACAUAUAUCAUCUCCGUCACAAUUAACAAGUUGUUGGUCAUUUGAACAUUGUAAAACGCUUGAUAAUAAUGACUUUUCUUCAUCCAAUUCAUUCUUGUCACCUCGUAAAUUAUCAGCUGAAUAUCAGUCGAGUAUCAUAUCAGACGUUUUGAAGUCAGUAGAUAAAUCUUCAGUACCUGAGUCAUUUGGUACUUGUUUAUCCUUGACUAACAGAAAUUCUACUAAUCAGUAUUCUCAUUUUUCGGUAUCAAUGAAUCCUGUUGGUAUGUCGCGUGAUGCUUACUUGAAGGCAACGCAAGAUGGUUUCCUUAAUCGAACUGUUUAUGAACCACCUAUAGAUGCGAAGCUAUUUUGUUCUUCUUAUUCAAACCGAACGUCACAAGCUAAUUCCCUAAAGCGUUCCAAGGAUGAACAGUCUUUUCCUAAUUCUUGUGUUUAUCCAAAUAUUCACGAAUCAUUUCUCCACAAUGAUCUAGGAUCGGAAUCAGAAUCGGAAUUCGAUCAGUAUGGCGAUGUGUAUCAGUUAGAUUAUUCUAAUUUAAUCUUACAUUCUCCUUCUGUAUCACCAGUAAACUCUCAGCAACCUGCAAAUCAAUCUGCAUCUUCGACUUCGCAGUUGAAUAUUUCAGACAUUUCUCAAAGCCGUUAUGAAUUCUUACACAAUCCUAAUGUUAAUAUUCAUGCCCACCCAGAUGAAGACGAUCGUAUAACUCUCGUCCCUAUCGAAUCUGAGGGAACUAACAAUAUUAAUCAACUUUCACAACCUACAAAUAAUCCUAGGAAUGAGGAGGCUUUUGUUGGGAUUUGUGACAGUAAUUCAUCCUCCAACAAUAGUUCAAAGAAAGUUCUACACCGCAGCCAAGCAAUUCGAGAACGUCAUAGGCCUCCGUUUCUGACGCUUUUCCGAAACCGGUCACUUCCCAGUUGUGUAGAUAACGAAAGUCCAGGUUUGGAGUCACGUUCGUUUCUUCUUUAUUCUCCAUCAGACAGUACUUCGCAUGACAUCCAUCAGCAAAAGAGCAGAGGUCCGGAAAGCCCAUGUGGUCCAUUUGUUUCUCUUCAUUCUACGUUUCUGUAAUUUAAAUUCUAUUCGUAAGGUAACUAUAUUCCACAACUCCUUGAAAAAAUAAUUAUUCUUCUCUGUGCUUUCUAGUUAUCAACAUCUUAUCAUCUUGUGUUGCACGCAUUUAUUAUUAUUCUUAACAUAGUUCCCCUCUGGUUUUGUAUCUGCACGUAAUGUAACCCAUAGUGUUCUAUUUUUCUUGCUAGCUUUUUUCUCUCUGAAAAUUUAAAUAUAAUAUUCAAAUGUUGACAGUUUUCCUCCCAUGCAAUUCCAUAUUUUACCAUUUAUAAAAAAGUGUUUGGUUUAUCCUUUCCUUCUGUUCAAUCAAUGGUUGGUGAUGUCUUACAGUAAUAAUAUCUUAUACCUUUAAAAUUAUUUACCUCACAGUCUUUCGGUAUAUCAUGCUACUUUUAUUUAUUUGUGUACAUACUUUGAUCUUUCUUCUUGAAUUCUUUUGUGGACAUUUUUUACAAUGAUGUUUGAUUUUAUGCAUGAUAAAUACACUUUAUAGCGUCGCAAACCUUUUAGGUCAUAGAAUGGACAUAUGUAAAUUUUAACAGUCUCAUUCAUCCUGAUCUCAUUUUACGAUCUCACACUUCUCUCCUUUGAGUAUCUGAAAGAAAUGAGCUGAUUGUAAUUGAUUAGAAUUUUGGCCACAUUGGUUCAAUUUUCGCCUUAAAUCUACUUUGUAAAUUUUUUGACUUUUUCUUGUCAGUUGUGUGAUAGGGUGAAAAAUUCACUAGCUCUGAGACUAAUUUUUCGUGUUGUCAAUCAGUUCAGUGUUCGACUUGUCAAAUUAGUUCCUUAUUUGAAAACCAUCAGUUUGCUUUUACUGGUUACUUGUUUUUCUUGAUUCUUUAUUAGAGCCUAGUAUAUUAGGAAUUAACACUGUCUCUUUCUUUGAAUGGUUGUUUCGUCUUUGUAAAUACUCGAGGGAUGCUGAGUAACUGAACUUUGUGAUAAUUUUCUGAGUUGGUUGACAUAUACAUUAGUUAUUCUGGAAAUCUCUUAUUAUUCUCAUAAGGAUUUGAAUUAAAGCUCACAGUCUUACCUAUUUGGUUUACUGCUAGUUUGUGAGCGUUUACUACAAAAAUAAAUCGGACUGCUACUAUGGUAUUUAAUCCAUGAAAUCCGUUUAUAUUUACAAACCUAUUAUUGCUAUAAUAUAAGGGUAAAACCCAGGCUGUGGUGCAUUGUAAUUCUCUUUCAGUUGAUUUAUUGAAUGUAUCACACAGUGAGAGUAUUAUUUACUGGAUUACUUUUCAAGCACAGUUUAAGUUCAUAGUCACUUUGGGAUAACUGCAAAACUUUGAGACUUAGUUUGCAUAGUUCUUUUUCUC